CCUCCCAGUAGCAGGUUUGAGCUCCACCUCGCAACUCUUGCCUGCCAUGGACGUGAGGAUGGCAGCCAGCAGCAGGCAGCUAGGAGCCACCAGCCUAUAAACGCCGGGCUGCUUUGCUUCCUGAUGCGCGGAUGGCUUCUCUUUGCGCAGAGUCCCCGGCAGCCUAAGGAAGGCGCUUCCCCCUCCCAUCCUCCCACCCAGGCUCCUCCAGAUUAGUCAAUUACACAUAUUUUUUUUUAAAAAAAUUAACUUCUUUUUGGCCUGCCCCCCAGGGUGGGUAGGGGUGCGUGUGUGGAGGGGGUUUCUCUAGGGAGGGGUUUGUGCGCGCCGUGGCCGAGAUGAACAACCUCGCCUUCGAAGAGGCUUCUUUGGAGAGCUUGCAUCCUUCGCUGACUCUCCAUGAAUCCAGCGAGAUUGACACGGCUCUGCUGAGCGACAUUGACGACAUGCUUCAGCUGAUCAACACUGAAGAUGGAGACUUCCCUGGUCUGUUUGAGGCAUCGUUCGGCACCAAUGUCACCCCGGAGCCCAAUCCACAUGGGCCCAGUUUGUUCAGCGGCUACCUGGAAGCCACUAACGCACCUUCCUCCAGCUUGUUCCAGGUCCCAGCUCCACCCCCACCAAGCUUCCAACCAGUGAUGGCAGCAAACUCGAACACAGAGCCCACUCCGAUGGACAUCAAGGAGGAGCCUGUCCCGUCGGCGGCCACCCAGCCGGCAUCUCGGCCUCCGCCGGCCAGGAUGGUAGCUCAGAGUUUCGUCCCGGCACCCCAGACCCAAUUCUCAGCACAACCUAUGGUGGGAUUCCUGAAUCAGAGCAGUGUUUCCGCUCCCCAGCCAGGAGGGCAUUCUCAGCCCCCUCCAAACCCCCAAGCCACGUCGCAGCAGAACCCGCCAGUGGCAAUGCAAACCCAACUCCAGAACAUCGCUCCCCAACAGCUUCUGACUCCCCACGGUGGAUCCCAAGUCGUCCAACGCCAGAUCCAGCAAGUGCCGGUCCUUCUGCAGCCUCACUUCAUCAAGGCCGACUCUCUGCUUCUGACAACCGUCUCGGGAGCCCAGACCCCUGGCAUCACCUCUCUGGGGACCACGACAGCCGUCCAGUCAACAUCACUACAGAUGCCGACACUGAUGAGUGGGGGCACCAUCCUGGCAACGGUUCCUCUGAUGAUGGAUACAGACAAGCUGCCCAUCAACCGCCUGACGGCCGGGAAGCCACUGGGAAGCCACGGCAAGGGCGAGAAGCGCACAGCCCACAACGCCAUUGAGAAACGGUAUCGCUCCUCCAUCAAUGACAAGAUCUCCGAGCUCAAGGACCUGGUGGUGGGGUCGGAAGCCAAGCUGAACAAGUCGGCCAUUUUGCGCAAAGCAAUCGACCACAUCCGAUUCCUGAAGCAGGCCAACCAGAAGCUGAAGGCCGAGAACAUGGCCCUCAAAAUGGCGAACCAGAACAACAAGUCCCUGAAGGACCUGGUAGCCACAUGUGGUGGCAACGCCCAGGACUCGACGGAAGGGAUCAAGCUGGUGGACACCCUGACGCCACCCCCGUCGGACGCAGGCUCCCCGUUGCGUGGCAGCGGCAGCCCCCUCUCGCUCAGUGGCACCAGUGGGAGCGACUCUGAGCCAGACAGCCCCUUCUACGAGGAGGCCAAGGUGAAGCAAGAGCAUCAGGCGCUCUCGCCAGGCAGCCUGGGGAUGCUGGAUCGCUCUCGCGUGGCCCUGUGUGCCUUCGUCUUCCUCUGCCUCUCCUUCAACCCCCUCUCCUCCCUCUUGGCGGGGUCUCACUCGGCCAGCCCUUCGGAUAUCGAUGGCUCCAGCCACUCCGGGCGCACCAUUAAGAGCCGGAACGAGGCCGCAGACACCCCUAUCGCCUGGUCCCAGUGGCUUCUCCCCACCUUGGUCUUCUGGCUGAUCAACAUGCUGGUUGUUUUGGGAGCCUUUGUCCGGCUGUUCAUUUACGGCGAGCCCAUCACACGCCCUCAUUCAGAAGCUUCCAUCCUUUUCUGGAGGCACCGCAAGCAGGCGGAUCUCGACCUGGCACGGGGAGAUUUUGCUCAGGCCUCCCAGAACUUAUGGACGGCACUGAAAGCCCUCGGCCGCCCACUCCCGACCUCCAACCUGGACCUGACCUGCAGCCUUUUAUGGAACUUGAUCCGCCACAUCCUUCAGCGGCUCUGGGUGGGGCGUUGGCUGGCGGGAAGGGCUGGCGGCUUCUUCCGCGACCGGGAGCUCAAGGCUGACAUGCAGAAAAGCGCCUGCGACGCGGCCCUAGUGUACCACAAACUGCAUCAACUGCACAUGACAGGGAAGCACGUGGCCGGUCACCUCUCGGCAAUCAACAUGGCGCUGAGUGCUGUGAACCUGGCCGAGUGUGCAGGCAACACCAUCUCUGUGGCGACGCUGGCCGAGGUCUACGUGGCAGCGGCGCUGCGUGUGAAGACCAGCCUCCAUCGCUGUUGUCACUUCCUGGCGCGCUUCUUCCUCAGCAGCGCCCGGCAGGUGCUGCUGUCCCACAGUGGGACUGUCCCGCCUGCGCUCCAGUGGCUGUGCCAUCCUGUGGGUCACCGUUUCUUCGUGGACGGAGACUGGGCCGUGAAGAGCUGCCCCCGGGAGAGCAUCUACAGCUCCACCAGUAAUCCAGCGGACCCCCUGGCUCAAGUGACCCAGCUUUUCCGCGAGCAUUUGCUGGAGAAAGCCCUUUCCUGUGUCUCUAGGCUGGAGAGCGAGGCGCCUGCCAGCCACGACGAGGGGGAAUUUUCCGACGCCCUGGAGUACCUGCAUUUCCUCAACAGCUGUGCAGAUGCCGUUCCCAGCCCAACGCCGUCUCUCAGCACCAGUCUGGAUGCUGCAACAGGCACCGACCCCAUUGCUCACUGGUGGGCAUCUGUGGUUGCCAUGGCGAUCCAUGGUCUGCAAGGGGAUGACGAGGCUAUGGAGCGCCUGUACCCGCUGGUGGAAUCGAUGCCAAGGGCCCUCCAGGCCUCUGAGAAUCCUCUUCCUCGCGCGGCACUGCAUACCUUCAAGGCUGCGCGGGUGCUGAUGGGCAAGCUCGAUUGCAGCCUGGGCCAGUGCGACAGAGCCGGCGACUACUUGCGAGAGAGCUUGGCGGGGAACACGCCCCCCAGUGCCAUUGACAGAGCUGUGCAGUUCCUCUUGUGUGACCUCCUGCUCAUCACCCGCACCCGGCUCUGGCAGCAGCAGAUGCAAGCAGGGCAGCCGCAUGGCGCUCCCUACCAAGCCUCCACCCUUGAACUCCGUGGCUUCCAGCAGGAUCUCAGCAGCCUCCGGCGCCUGGCGCAAGCGGACAAGGCUGCCAUGCACAGGGUUUUCCUCCAUGAGGCGACGGCCCGGCUGAUGGCCCGAGCCAGCCCCACCCGGACCCACCAGCUGCUGGACCGCAGCCUGCGCAGGAGAGUUGCCUCGAGCAUCAAAGGAGCCAGCGAACGCGAGAGCCAGCCGACGGCGCGAGAGCAGGCAGAGGCCCUCCUCCUGGCCUGCUCUUACCUGCCCCCCGCCUUCCUUCUGGGUCCCAGUCAGAGGAUGGGCAUGUUGGCCGAGGCGGCCCGCUCCCUGGAGAAGUUGGGCGACAAAAGGACACUCUACGAGUGCCAGCAGAUGAUCAUCCGGCUCGGAAGCGGGUCCACUGUCACCUCCAGCUAGAGAGAGGGGGCACCGAGGAGGACUUGUGGGGAGCAGGAAGAGGGCAGAGCGGGAAGGCGACCCCUCUAAGCACAUGGCACAGUGUGUUCUCCUGGACUCCGGCAGGCGAGGCAUAGGAUCUGGCGUGGCCUGCGGAAGCCCGACUCUCCCCCCUCUUUCUCUCUCUCUCUAGGUAAUCAUUACUCUGCAGGGCUACUCUCUCAUCUCCCCCUAAGUUCUGUGUGGGGAGCCCCUUUCCUUGUGGCUGUGUGUGCUGAGCAGACCUAUGUGACUUGGGGGGUGGGGGAGCGCAGGCAAGCAAGUGGUGUUUUCCAAGAAGCAUCUCCUGGCUGUGUGCUUCUCCUGCUGUCAAAAUUGGGGAGAAGGGAGAUUGAUUGCUGUUGAGGCAGCGUUGGAAUUGACAGCACUGGUUUUUCGGCCAUGCAAAUAAACAAGGAAAGGUUAAGAAAUGGGUCCCCAAAUGCAUGCAUGGGUCGGAAGUAUGUCCUGGGCCUGAAAAGGUUGGAGAUAACCUGCUUUUUAGAGCCAUUCUGGGUGGGGUGCAAGUGCAUUUUGUUCCGUUUCCUGCAACCGGAUUCUGCGUUUUGAGACACACACACACACACACACACACCCUUGCACACAUGGCUUGUGGUGGUUCAUUGCACUUCCAUUGUAGCACCCCUAUUAUGGGGGGGCGGGGCUGGUGGCUUUGCAAUUGCCCGGUUUCCCAUUGGCUGGCCUUUGUUCCUCUCUCUCACCCCCCACCUCCCCAGAUAGUCUCCCCCUACUUCCUGCCAGCAGCUCAUGACAAGGCAACGGGGACCCCUGGUGGCAAACCACCGACACUGCAGGAUGCCCCUCCAUCUCUCUGGCCAGAUGUGAACAGCUCAGAUGCGAGCUCCCAUUUCCCCAGAGCGGUCUCUGCUGUCAGACGCCUCCCGCUUCGCUCCUCCUCCAACCUCUGAGGGCAGAUGAGGACUCCUCUCAAGGGGCAGAGUGCUAAGGGCCUGGGUUGUUCUGGAGGCGGGCCAUGGGUUUCCCCGAGGCAACCGUCCCCUUCGAUAUUCACGUGGUGUAAUUGCCUCCAGGAGAAACUUUGUGCUUUGGUUACAGAAGAAAGUUCUCCUCCUCCUCUCCACCCUUUGUAGUGGCUCCCUGUGAAUGAUUUGGCUAUAUUUUGGUGGGCUGGGGGUUGUGGAUUUCUGGCUUGGGUGUUCCGCCCCCCCACCCCAUCCCCAUGCUAGGAUUCAGUCACUGCCUUCUUACCACGCCGCAGGGCAUGUGUGUGCAAGGAUUUCUAAGAACGUUUUGCCACAUGUAUAUUCCGCCCACCCCUUUUAUGGCAGGCUUUCCCUGAAGUAGAAUUCACACGCAAACACACGUCACUGCCCCCAAUUAUUGGAGCUGCUGGCUGUGUGCACUUUGACGGUUGAAUUUCUGCCUGCUGAUCAGCUGUUAAAAGGCACCGGAGUCCUGCUAGAAAAGGUGGACAGCCCAUUUAAGAAAAAGCAGGCGAUUCUCUCUGGGGGUUUUUUUAUUUUGUUUUACGUGUGUAUGGGAAGGGAAACGACGAAAGGUCAGCGGGGCAGGCUGCUUCAUUUUCUAUCCCCCAAAAUAGAUUUUUGGUCCUAGCAGCAAGCACCGCUCCGUGUUGGUUCCAUCACACUGCCUGGGUUAAGGAUGCUGUUGCUAUGGAGAAAUUCCCUCUUGCAGGUGUGAUGGGAGAGGCAGAAAGGUCCGGCCUAAUCAUGGUGGGAAUAUGAACUGUGCCCUCCGCAGGGCUUCUGUCGCAGGAGCAUUUCAGGUGUGUUUCUGUGUGUGUGAGAGAGAUACUAGGGCACCCCCACCCCUCUUCAAUCUGCAUCGCUCAGCCACGCCUCUUCCAUUCAAAAGUUAUUUUCAUAGCGUGAGGGUUUUUUGUACAGAUGAUAAAAUAAAAAGACCUACUUAUUUAUA